AUGGGCCACAUGGAUGAAGGUGAAGUCACCAUCCAGGUUCAGACGGUCCUGUCGGUGGCACCCCCAGGUGGACAGGAUGAAAAAGAUGUGGGUGCGUUUUUUGAAGAGGGGAUGUGGCUGCGGUAUAACUUCCAGGCACCCGGGGUCAAUGCCAAGGAAUCAGGCGGCAGAUGGGAGAACUCACCGGAACCACCGAGCACAGCCCCAGACCUGGCCCGCGAGGAGAUCCACUUCAGCUUCAGCACCACCAAGGCGCCCUGCAUCCUUCUCUACGUCAGCUCCCUCACCACGGACUUCCUGGCCGUUCUCGUCAAACCCACCGGAAGCUUACAGAUUCGGUACAACCUGGGUGGCACCAGGGAACCAUAUAACAUUGAUGUCGAGCACAGGAACAUGGCCAAUGGGCAGCCCCACAGUGUCAACAUCACGCGGCAUGAGAAGACCAUCAUUCUCAAGGAAAGCCUCCUCAGCAGUCAAGUCACCCCAGGACAGUCAUCCACCUGUGCCAAGGUGGCUUUGGGGCUGGACAGCUGUGAGUGGCCUGAGGCCUUGCAGGACUCCCAUCUGCAGACCCGCAAACAGGAUGGAAGACAAGAUUGGAGAGAAAGAGACAGCCUCUGCUCCUCCAGCGCCCUCUCCGAUGAAGUCACUGGGGUUUCAGGCUGGAAGGGGGGUCAGAAUGGGGCUGUGUACCAUGUCCCUUCCUCUCUGGAGGUGGGGCUGGACCUGCGGGUGGUGAGAGAAACAGGGAAGAUUGACCAAGAGAUUCACAAGUACAACACCCCUGGAUUCACUGGGUGCCUCUCCAGAGUCCAGUUCAACCAGAUUGCCCCUCUCAAGGCGGCCUUGAGGCAGACAAACGCCUCUGCCCACGUGCACGUCCAGGGGGAGCUGGUGGAGUCCAACUGCGGGGCCUCCCCGCUCACCCUCUCACCCAUGUCGUCUGCCACCGACCCCUGGCACCUAGACCACCUGGAUUCAGCCAGUGCUGAUUUUCCAUAUAAUCCAGGACAAGGCCAGGCUAUAAGAAAUGGAGUCAACAGGAACUCGGCCAUCAUUGGAGGGGUCAUUGCCGUGGUGAUUUUCACCAUCCUCUGCACCUUGGUCUUCCUCAUUCGGUACAUGUUCCGUCACAAAGGCACCUACCACACCAACGAGGCAAAGGGAGCAGAGUCAGCAGAGAGUGCCGAUGCUGCCAUCAUGAACAACGACCCCAACUUCACAGAGACCAUUGAUGAGAGCAAAAAGGAAUGGCUCAUUUGAGGGGUGGCUCUUUGGCUAUGGGACAGGGAGGGGGGAAUUCCUAGGGAGGAGGGCAGGGGACAGAAGCACCCUACUUCAUACUCCUGAGCACAUCCUUAAAAUAUCAGCACAAGGUGGGGGAGGCAAGCAACAGAAAAUUCCUGAGACUGAUUGCCACAAAAAAUACUUUUUGAUAUUUCUUUAUAGCUGAGUUUCCCCUUCCGUAUCAAAACAAAAUAAUACAAAAAAUGCUUUUAGAGUUUAAGCAAUGGUUGAAAUUUGUAGGUUAUACCUGUCUAUUUUGUGUGUGUUUAGAGGUGUUCUGAAAACCCAGGUAACAGGGCAAGUUUUCUACAUUUUUCAGAGCCCUUAGAAUGUGGAUAGUUUUUCUUGAGAAAAGCUGAUGCACCUACCCAUGGCCUCCAGCCUUUUCUUCCUUUGACAUAGAGUCAGCUGCUAAUGGGCUAUUGUAGUAACUAGUUCGUGUUCAUAUAAUAUUUCUUUUGGUGUUCUGUGAGUGGGAAGAGGAAAGAAAGGGACAGAGAGAACCUAUGAUUUGCCAGUCUAUGCUAGUUCUUUGAGAGUUCCCACCCAAAAAAAAGCAGCUGUAGGAAGAGAGGGUAUGACCCCUCUCAUGUAAUAACAUGAUCGACAAACUGGGAGAAGCUUUAAGAACCAGGGGAAGCAGUCUCCUAUUGGGGUUGUUGGCUUUAUUUUUCAUCAGAUCCUGCGAGAUAAUAUAGUUCCCUGUAUGUAGUCUUAGACCUUUCCAAUGUUUGUAACUCUCAGCUACGGUACCUAUGACCAGCUGUUACAAACGAUUUUCUCUCUGCUCUUCCUACAACGUAUUGGGCUAGACUGUAUGUGUGUGUACGCACCUUGGUAGGGAAGAUGUUAAUAUUUGUUUGCUCUGUUUCUUCUAUGGUUGGUAGCAAGAGUAUGGGCACCAUCUCGAAUGCAUAAAUUAGGUGGCUCUUUUUAUUUUUCUUUAAAUCUCCAGUCAUCAAGCCCCUGUGACAAAAUCCUAGCAGACAGUGUCCUCUGAAUGGACAUACCAAAAUAAAGCCAAGUUGUGAUUGAGUAUUAUUGCUUUUACUCUGCAGUCCUGUGGAAAAUCCUGCCAUAUUUUAACUCAUCUAUGCCAUGUAUUGUUCCAUCCUAAAUAGUCACACUGCUGUGAUUCAGGGAUCUUCUUUGGCAGAUAAAGUUAACAUUCAGGUGCAUUACAACCUGGUGACUGCUGCUUCUCAGAGAAUGGACAUGUCUAAUCAACCAUACCUCAGUUUAAUCAGAAACCUUGACCCACUUCAGCAAAUAACUGUUUAAAAUAAUAGACUAUCUGUGUCCACAAACAGGGCAAAACUCCUGUUGGAGCAUCCAAAAAAUAAUUUCACUUAUUUAUUUUAAAAAAGAUUACACAAAAGUUAUUUCUAGAAUGACUACCAUUUACGAUCAUUAUUGUUCAGGCUCUUAUGCUUAAUAAGUAUGUUAAAAGAAUUUUAAGACUCCAACAUUUCGAGGAUUAAAAAUCACUUUUAUUUCUCCUCCUGGAAGGAGGUGAGAUGAGGUUAGAAGGGUACUGAUGCUGUUUUUCUGAUGGCAUCCCUCAAGAAAAUGGAAAUCCUAGUUCACUUGGGUUAUAUAUUCGAGAUUCUCAGGAUGCCUGACUUAUUGAAGGAUCUCUUUCUUGAGUGAUGGAAAAUCUUAUCCAGAGCUACACACGCACCAGUGCCUGACACAUUCCAAAGGAGACAGUGGGCCAGUUAAUUCACAUCCAAGUCAAGGUCACAGAACAAAAGGGAAUCCUAGUGCCCUUUUACAAUUGCUUACUUAAGGCACUAUCAUUAACAUCCUUUAUUUAAAAAGGUCUUGAUCAUUCUUCCAUAAAAUGCACUUGAAAAGCAUUUAGUACAACAAUGAGACAUUUACAAAAUACCUUUCGAAAACAAAGGUUAUUAUUUAAUAACCUUAUUUGACCAAGAUGACUACCAUAGAAUUCUUUUAUAUAUUGUCAGAUCAAAUAAGCACAUUUUAAACAUUAUGUUUAAAAAUAUUUCUGAUUUCUUGAAACCUUUUUUAUAGCUAUUGCUUUGGCAUUUAGCAAAUGAUACCAGGUGGAAAUUUGUCAUUUGUUGCAUUUCCCAUGCUAGCUUUGUUCUCUAUACAUUGAUACUUUCCUUUUCUUUUCAAAAUUAUUAAGAAAUUAAACACAAAUAGGCUAGUAGUAGUCAUUUUAAAUAAGAAAAGAGUCAGAACAAAAACAAAAACAUUUCUUUAAAUAAGAGAUGGUUUUAAAGUUUCAGGAAAAACUGAUGGUUGAUUUCAGGUUGUUUAUGCAAAAAAUGCCCUCUGUGGAUAAAGCAUGCAUCUCUGUUUUGAGUUGCUAGGAUGGGGGACUUUGAAUUCAGAAUCAAUGCUGUUCUAAGCUCUCAAGCAUAUUCACUUGAGCUCAAUGAAGCCAGCUCAGAAGGUAUGAAGUUAUAUUCUUGUUAAGUUCUUCUCUGGCCCAUCUUAGUAUAUAAGACAGCAUUUCCUCCUUGUGGCCUCCAACCAGCUACUCAAAAAAGAGAGGGUGGGUCGGGAGAAAGAGAAACUUGUGUGGUGUAAGUUUUUAUUGAAGAGCUUGGGACAAGAGGCUGAAAGCCUUUGUUGGAAAAUUUCCUCUUGCCCUGCAUUUGACAAAUAAGCAUCCUUUACUAACAGGAGCAGGAUUUCGGUGGCCCAGGAAAAAGAGCUGGCAUGAGCCCAAGUAGAUCUUAAUGUUGUUGAACAUCUGUGGACCAGCCACCAGAUGCUGUUGAGAGCUGUGCACAAAGACAACCCAUAGCAAAUUCCAAAGGAAAAGCAAACAGCUACUGGUAAUAAAAAUGUAGUGUCAGUGUAGCCUCCAGAAGAAACGUUUAUGUCCUUCUAUAGCAGGACCUGUUCUUUUCUAUUCUUCAGUGUAUCCUUUUUCUCCCUCUCCUUUCUCUUACAUACGCCUUGUGAUAAUCCCUUGACAUCUCACACUUCUGAGAGAUUUGAACCUCUUAAUAUUUUUUUUUCCUUUUCACUGUCCUGUCAAGCAGUUUUCAAAAAGAAAACCAAUAAUUAUUAAAUUGAAUUCCAGUGAGCCAGUCUAAAAUAGUUCUAAAUUGCUAGUCCCAAUAGAACCACCUCAUCCUGAAAUAGAUGAGAAACAAAUAGCAUGUCUAACUAACCUGGGCAAAAAACCAAUGGGCACCAUUUUUAAAAUGAUGAUUCGGUGAGAGUGGAUCCCGGGAGUCAGCUGAUAGAGCCCUGAUCCUUUCUCUCUCCCUGACAUGCUCUAUGGUCUUGGCCAGGUAGCUGAACCUCUGUUCCUCUUUGCCUCAUAUGUAAGAUAGAGCUGUUUUAUCUACUUCUUAGGGCAUUUGUGAGGUGCCAUGGAUUCUUAGCUGCAGAUAACUUUGAAACCCAAAUAAAAAGGCCAAAGUCAAUGGAUAUAUUGGAAGACUUACUUUCCAACUUGUGGUUGAAAGUCAUAUCAAAAGGAGCCACCUGGCCAUGUCCAGGAAUGUAGACUUACAAGGCAACUAUAAGCUUACUAGAUUACAAGUACAACUACUAGAUUAUGAGUCAGAGAGACUGACAAGGAGGUAAUCUGCCAACAUUGGGAGACUCAACACAGCCAAAGGCAGAAAAGUCAGAACUCCAUGUGUACAAAGCCCUAAGGUCCCACUUGGGUGUGAUUUAUAGUUUAUAUAUGCCCCAGUGUGAUUAUAAAUAAGACAACAUGAAGAGCAAAUGUGACUGUUUUUCUAGCCCAGUGGCUCUGUCUACACUCCACACACCCCACAGGAUGAUGAUGGAAACUUUAAAUUUAUUUCAUAGAGGUGUUUUUUUGGAUACAAGUGGUACAUGAACCUCAAUGUCAAUAAAACAGGGAAACCGUGUUGAAAAGAUAGUUACUUUCUGUGGAGCAGAGACUGGCAGAAGGUGGCAAAGAUACAUGGACACCUGGGUAUGAAUACCCAGCAGGCAUUUACAAGUUUAUUUUCUAGGCGAAAAUGUGUUUUAGGAGCAGGUCUGCUUGGAUGAUCUGCACCACUUCCGAGUCUCAGUUUAUUUACAGGAACUGCGGAAUUCUGAGAUGGCUGUGGAAGCACGGCGAUGCCUCCUAUCUUGUGGGCUGAGAAAAGGUUCUCAGUGUUACUGAUCCUAGGUUUUGCUUUGUCAGGUUUUUUAAAAUUUUUUCAGUGAGCAUGGGGUGAACGGUGGAGGUUAGAGUUGUGAAAAGCUGGGCUAAUAUUCUUUCUGUAAAGUCAACCAGGAUUCCAUCCCGUGAACUAACAUGAAAUUUCACUCUCUAAAAGCAACAGCAUGUAAACUAGAAUGAAAGAAGGAAAUUAUGUAUGUAUGCCUACUAUUCUUUGUGAAUGUCUUUCAUUUAACUAAAACUAUAUUAGAAACCAGAUGGAUAAAUAAAAAAUCCAAAAUAGUUUUAAUUAUCUGAAAA